AUGAAGUUCAACACCGCCAUGGUUGCCCUCGUCGCCGGCCUUGCUGCCGCAGCUCCGGCCCCCAAGAACGACGAGCACGCCGCCCUCGAGAAGCGCAUUGACCCUAUCACUGCUGGUAUCAUCAGCGGUGCCGUCGUGACUGCCAUUGUUGGCACCGCGUCCGGUGUGGCUGUCGGUUCCAUCAACAACAUCCUGCCUGCCCUCAGCACCUGGGAGCAAGUGCGUGAGCAGUUCACCAAGAAGACCGUCGCCGAAAUGUGGGCUCGCAGGCCCAACAACAGGGUCGCUGCCAUCUGCUACAACAUGGGCUACUCCGUCUCCAAGCCGAAGCAGGUCACUGAGCUGGCGUCUGUGAAGAUCUCUUCUGGUCUUCUCAACACUGACUACGAUUGCUUCUUCAUGCAAGGCCCCGAUGCCCGCUUCAAGCCCCAGGGCGAUGGUGGCUACAUCAACUUCGCUGCUAUGCACAACAACGCCCACUGCACCUACAACAAGGGUGAGAUCUACUGCAAAUAG